GAUUGUGGCACAGUCACUUGUCCAAGACGAGACUGUUAGUUCAUAUAAGUGGAUUCUAGAAUGUAUACUAAAAGCAACUGAUGAUUUAUCUCCAAAAAAACUAUCUCAGAAACUUGGAAGUUCUUAUAAUGAUUUUUUGCAAAACUGGUAUCGGUGUCGUAAUAGUUGUAGUGAGCUAGAAUUGGUGCGUCAUUGGAAAGAUUUGUUGAUUCAAUAUCCUGCAAGAAAAAAUUAUUUAAACCAACUUUGGAAGUCUCGGCAGUCGUGGGCUAAAAUAUAUGUACUUACAACUUUUUGUGCUAGGAUGCAAAGCACACAGCAGGUAGAAAGUACAAAUGGGCUUAUUAAAGCAGAAGUCGGUGCUAAAACAACACUUCUCAACUUGGGCAAAGCUAUUCAAAUAAAACUUGAAUGUGAAGCACAACACCAGCAGCUUUCAGAUAUAAAAAUACAUUACCUACUCGAGGACUUCCAACUUCCUAAUGCUCAUGAAUACACAGAUGGGUAUCUUGAAGAUGA